GCCCCACGGACGUUAAUUUCGAAUCCGGCCGUUGUACUAUGACGAACACUGCAUUGCACGUGAAGGAAGGCUUCUGCUGCGGUGUUAGUGGUUGAACCACCCAUACUACAACAUCGUAGACAGUACAGCAUCUCUAUUCCGCUCCUGCCACCUUGACACCACACUUGCUGUCGUGCAGUCUGUGUCGCGACUUCCCUUUCCGCAGUGAUUGCCUCGAUGGCUUCCCGCAGUUCAACGGCCAAACGAGGCCCAAGUGUUUUGGUCUCUGACCCUCGCGAAGGGAGAGUUGUGGGUGGCAGAAAGCAGCCCUCUCGCUUCAUCACUGUCGACAAUGUCCUCCAAUAUGCGUCCGACAUUCCUUCCAUGCAAAAGAGGCAACCUCAACGGCCACGAGCAUUCCGCAGCAGCUCCGGCAAGCCUCUGGAUCCUAGGUUGACUGGCCGGUAUGUGGGGCCUCAUAUUCCGUCUCGGUCAACAAAAACGUCCGAGAAGUUGGUUCUCUUGCCAGAAGCCGUUGAGGAAGAAGAAGAAAAGGAGGGCUUCCUCUCGGAUGCGGAUAAAGGCCCACCGCGGGACGGCGAAGAUUAUCGCAAGGCGGGAAGAGAAGGAGUCAAGAGUUAUGCAGAAAGAUUGCCCAAGUCAAGGCGCACAGAAAAUGAGCUUCCAAGGGUAACCGCCUACUGCACUGCGCAAGCAUAUAAAUUACAAUCUGCUGCAACGUUCGUGCGACAACGGCACGGCGGCCGCGCCAAACUAUACGAUGACUGCUUGUAUUGCGCAUACCACCUUCCUUUGCUUCCAGGAAAUGAUGGGUAUCGGAUCCGAAGCAGCCCACCCGUGCAAAGCGCCCGCGGUGGUACCAUGUUGGACGAGGACAUCGAGCGUAGUGAACGGAGAGACUACCAAGAACCAUAUGAUGCCGAGGAGGAAGAACAGCACUCAGUCAGGGGCAGCUAUACAGGGGAUGACCAACCAAGUGAUAUGCACCGCGAGAAUGAGGAGCCGGAACGAACGCGGAGACACAGCUAUCCUCCUCAAAAGUCAAAAAUCCCUGGAACGGGUGUGCCGGUGGAUGCCUACCGCUAUGCUGAAAUGUUCAUCUUCAGCUAUGGAGUGGUCGUGUUCUGGAAUUUUACCGAAAGACAGGAGAAGGAUGUCUUGGCCGACUUCGCUUUUGCGACAAUCAUUGACCCGGAAACUCAUGCGGUAUCCCCUGUACAGAUCAUCACUAAUCCUCUGGAUGAGGAGGACUUUGAAACUGAAGAAUUCCACUUUGAGUACAACAACGAGAUAUCUCGUCCACGAGUAUACAACGACAUGAUCACGCUGCGGAGUGGCGAUCAUAUGAUCAAACUGGCCAUCAGCCACGCGAUUGCGCAGAGCACGAAGCUGAGCUUCUUUGAAGAGACGAUGGCGGCCCAAAUGGAAGCAGCAAAAGAUGUUCCGGGGCGCCUGGCAAAAACUGGCGAGCUUGGAUUGAAGCGUGAGGAAGUAAUCAAGCUGCUGGGCGGCCUUUUCAAAAGUCGGGUCGAGGUCAAUUUAUCAUCGAAUGUGCUUGAUGUGCCCAACCUCAUCUGGGACAGCGAGCCGACCCUACAUCCGCUAUACAAUGCUGUGCGUGAGUAUUUGGAGAUCAAGCCGCGGAUUCAGGUUCUCAACGAAAGAUGUCGGGUAUUCCUCGACUUGGCCGAAGUGUUGUCGGACUAUAUCUCCGACGACAAAAUGUCCAGGAUCACGUGGAUCAUCAUUGUCUUGAUUGGAAUAUCGAUCUUGGUGACUUGUUCCGAGGUCUUUGUACGCUUUGGAAUUCUGACCACGAAGAAAGGACAAGCGGUCUUACAGCAGGGGUUAUCUGGCAGUACUGAGCUCUAGCGCUUUGUUUGUUGACAGUGUGAGGGCGACCACAUUGCGUGGGCACCUGUUUUAACUCCGUCUAGCACGGUGUGGAGGAGUUCUUCAAUAAUACGAUAACAAUGGAAUGUCUCGACUGUUUGACUUAUUAUCCUGAGUAGAUACCUAGAUAGAGGCGUAUCUUUAUCAUGCACACCCAG